AUGUCCUUCGACUUACCGUCACUCGGUGUUCUCUCACAAACACGUAAAUAUACACAAGAUCAAAAUAGACUUCACGACCUAGAAAAAGUAGCAAAAAUUGUUCGGGCUGAUUGUGUGGUAGACCCUGGCUCAUUAUCACCCAGUACUCUUUCAGAAACACGAGGACAUUCACGUACAGUUCAAGAAGAAAUCCCAAAAAUUGUUCGCUGGGAGAAACGCUAUUAUUUAAACCCUAAAGAUACAAUUAUGACUUGUGAUAAUGUCAAAUGUGAACGACUAGCUUAUCCAGACAAAAUUCCUCGUGACCUCAAAGGAGCUUAUAUUUUUUAUGGAAUUAGCAUUAAUUUCGAUGACUUACCUCUACCACGACAUGCUGAUAAAGUAUUUUGGGGCCUAUUACAUGAAGAAUCACCUCGAACGGUACAUUUUUUUAUGUACGAAAUAGGGUUAAGUCUCUUCAACUACUCGAGCACUUUUAGCAGAUACAGCGAUGUACCAUUCCCAUUGCAUCAUUUACGUUCAAUAAACGAUAUUACCAGUAAGAAAUAUUUUAUAGAGACCUCGAAAAAGAAUUCCAUGCUCAAAGAAAUAUCACCGAUUAUGUAUUUACAAUCGAACUGCGGCACUUCGACUGAAAGAGAUUCGUACGUUAAACAACUCAUGAAAUAUCAGUUGAUAGAUUCGUAUGGAUAUUGUUUAAAUAACAAACAGCUUCCGGCCGAAUUUAAAGGCGAUUACAUGCAGAUAUUUGAAGACGAUAGAUUCCUUAAGUUUGUUGCGAGAUACAAAUUUGUAAUAGCAAUAGAAAGCGGCGUUUGUGAUGAUUAUGUAACCGAGAAACUUUGGCGAGCAAUCCAUGUGGGUGUAGUACCUAUUUACUUUGGAUCACCCUCAAUAAAAGAUUGGCUUCCGAAUGACAAAUCAGCCAUACUCCUCCAAGAUUUUCCUACGCCACAAUUACUCAGUCUGCAUAUCGAUCAACUUAUGCAAGAUGACGAAAUGUAUGAAACGUAUCUGGAACACAAAACUAAAGGAAUUAUAACAAAUAUGAAACUUGAUCAUGAACUGAAAUCGCGACCUUAUCAAAAUGAUAGAGAUAAAUUGUUUAAUGAGUUUGAAUGCUUUAUGUGUAAGAAAGUACAUCAGUUGGGAAAUGGCUCUUACAAGCAAGUUAUGACUAAAAAGCAUUAUAACUGUCCGGAACCAAUUUCAGCUUUAACUCAAACAGUAAAUCCGGAAAAUAUGCACUUGAUUUUGAAGGACAAUGAAAAAUAUAAAGUGUUACGAAUCUAUCAUAAAGUUAAUGGACUUUAA